AAAACAUGGGACAUUUGCAAGUUAUGCAAUAUUUAUGGAAAGAGAAACAAAGCAUAUUUCAGAUUGAAUACCCUUUAUCAGGACUGGGAAAGUGAGAAAACAGAUUAAUUUUAAGUUGCAGUGUGAUUUUGGGAGAGAUACUUAAGACAACAGGAAUACCUCUGAGAAAGUGAGGCUGUGGCGACCCAUUUCCUGGCACAUCCGAACCGGCUCACAAUUAGAUAGCCUACGGGGGUUUGCGAGCACAGAGCUUUGGAGCCUCUGCGCCACGGGAGGCAGGUUGAGGGAGGCUUAAAAGUGAGGCUGAGGAUUUCGAAUAAAGUUUUUUCCUUCGACUGCAGUUACCGACUCCGUGUCGUAAUUUUAGCGCUGCAUGUAGCACACUGCUACAAGGCCAUGAUUUCCAGGUGAAUUUUAACAUUUACUGACCUGUAUGUUAAAUAGACUAACAAGAGAAUCACUGAAGCUACCUGUCCCUUUUCCAUCCUCUAUACAAAUUAAACCAAAUUUAUUUUCUACUUUUUCUCGGGUCUUGGAAAUGAAACAUUAACUCUGUUUCUCAAUGUAAUGCUGAGGCUUUAUAAGGUAUUGGUCAGACCGCAUUUCGAAUAUUGUGAACAGUUUUGGGCUCCAGAUCUAAGAAAGGAUGAGCUGGCAAUGGAGAGGGUCCAGAGGUGGUUUACGACAAUGAUCCGGGAAUUAAAGGGUUAACACAUGAGGAGUGUUUGAUGGCCCUGGGCCUGUACUCACUGGAGUUUAGAAGAAUGAGAGGGAAUCUCAUUGAAACUUAUUAAGGAUAGUCAACAUGGCUUUGUGAGGGGCAGGUCAUUCUCACAAGCUUGAUUGAAUUUUUUAAGGAAGUGACAAAACAAAUUGCUGAAGGUAGAGUAGUGGAUGUGGUGUAAAUGAACUUUAGUACGUCAUUUGCUAAAGUUCCCCAUGGCAAGUUCAUUCAGAAAGUCAGGAGGCUUGGGAUCCAGGGAAACUAGGCAGCCUGGUUUCAGAAUUGGCUUCCCCUCAGAAGGCAAAAUGUGGUAUUAGAUGGAGCUUAUUAUGCCUGGCUGUCGGUGACCAGUGGCAUUCCACAGGAGUCUAAUCUGGGACCUCUGUUCUCCAUGAUUUUUAUAAAUGACUUGGAUGAGGAAGUUUAAGGGUGUGUUGGUAUGUUUCCAGAUGAGAUGAGAUCAAGGUUGGUGGAAUUGUGUAUAGUGUAGAAGAAUGUCAGUAGUUACAAUAGGACAUCAAUAGGAUGCAAAGCUAGGCUAAAAGUGGCAGGUUCAAUACAGAAAAUUAUGAAAUGAUUCAUACUUAAAAGUCAACUUGUUCAUAACAUGCAUGUAAUGCAUGAAGUUCAUUGGGAAAGGAUGCUGCCCAACUUAAUUUUGUAGCCCAUUACAGCAUAUAUAUAUACACACACUGUAAAACCAUCACUUAUGGCUGAUCUGGGACUGGUAUUGUCUCUUGGCAUCCCUAAUAGCACUACAAAGGUUGUUAUCUCCAUUUGUGUAAGGUCAGGGUCACCUGAUUUGAACACUGCAGUGACAGAUUUCAGUUCAUCCGUGCUUUCUGGUUUGCCAUUUCAAUUACAGUAUAUUUCUCUUUCAGAAUUUCAGUAAGGUUCCAAUAAACUGAUUGAAACAUAUUCUAUAAAGGGAAAACGUACAGGAGCUGUUCUUUUCUGCAUGGAGAGCAGUGUUAGCUCAGAUAAAGAUCAGGCAAAGAUUUUAAAUGUUUGAAAUUCACCAGCCCAAAGAGCUAAAGAUGAUCAUUAAUUAUGUGUAAGCAUGCCAAUGAUAUAUUUUUUUUGCAAACAAAUCUACGAAUGUAGAGGUAGUGACGAUCAUCCACUUGUAACAUGAACUCUUCUCGCUCAACCGCUGCCCCACUUGGUGAGCAUUUGGCGGCAUUAUCUGCUUUUGUAAUCAGUCAGGUGCCCUUCAAAUCUCCAACCGCUGACGUCCUUCGGCUGGAGCAGACGAGAAACCCAACUCCGGACAGGCUGGCCAACUCUGCCUCCAAGACACACACGUGGCAAGCUGCAAGUUUCGCCACGCGCUUCCCCCCGGGGUCACGUGACGCAGACGUCCACCAAUCAAGGCGCGGGGGGGCGAGGCUCGGUCACGUCGGUUCAAAGGGGAUUCCGGGAGCAGUGAGGGAAAUAGUAACGGUCGCCGUGCGGGCAGGUUACUGCGAGCGGCAAGUUAGUGACGGACGGUUUGACAUCAUGGAAUGCAGCAAUAAAAUUGCAAGGAGCUGCUUUAUAGGAUUCUUGUGUCUUGUACUGUCAGGCAGGCAGCACCUGUUUUCGACUCAUGCUCAAGAUCAUCCAGCACAUAAUCCUGAAAUUACUGAGGGUCAUCGACCAAACAUUCGUCUAGACAAAAAUCUUGUUCAAGACAAAGAUCAUAUAAUGGAGCAUUUAGAUGGUGUUAUAGACAAACCCGAAUCCGAGAUGACACCACAAGAACUUCAACUUCAUUAUUUUAAAAUGCAUGAUUACGAUGGGAAUAACUUGCUUGAUGGAUUGGAGUUAAUUUCAGCCAUUGCACAUGUACAUAAAGAGGAAAGUGGAGGCCAAGGGCAGCCCAUGGGUGAGGAGGAGAUCGUUAGUUUAAUUGAUGAUAUUUUAAGAGAUGAUGACAAAAAUAAUGAUGGAUACAUUGAUUAUGCUGAAUUUGCAAAAUCCUUAGAAUAAAAAAAAGAAGCACAAUUGACUUAUUUUCCAUAUCUGACUGCCAUCGUAAGGUUUUCUGUUUGGUAAAGGUCAGUUAACUUUAUUAUCUAAACAGCUGAGCCAAUUAUAGUUUACCAGCCUCUCAGAAGGUUUUAUCUUGUACAGAAUUAUAAACACAAUUUUUAAAUUCCACUGGAUAUCUAUAAAAAUAUUUUUGUGCAAUUUAAAUGAAAUGUAAAGGAUUCUGUUACAUUUGCUAUCCUAAUAUUGCAAUAUUUUGUGACAUUGCAUUGGAGCCACUUGUUCAGUAAAUAACGAAUGAAAUAUUGACAUAAAAGCAUAAAAAUCAUUCUUUUUCUUAACAUUUUUAAGAGGUUAAAUAGCAGAUAGUUGUUCUUUAACCAUAAGUGCAACUCCAGCAGAUUGGAGAAUAAGUUUUUAGUUUGUAAAUCUUCAUUUCUUCCAUGACUUGCACAAUAUUAAACAGUUGAAAAAUGGGAGACCGAUUAAUUAGUUUGUAUCAAUUCUGAUUUUAGGUAGAAUAUAUACGAAGUAAACCAUUAUACGUGCAUAUUAAACAUUUAAUUUCAGAAACCUACUUAUGCGAAAUUGUAAUUGAGAAGCCUGUUAUUCCACUCUUUUAAACCAGUCUAGGGGGCAGCAAUGGAAUACUUCCAGCAUGCAAUUUGGUAUGAUAAUUCGUAUUUGCACUGAACAUUCUUUGCAUUUAUUUCCUAGUUUCUGUUGUGCUGUAUAAUAGAGAUUUUUAUGCUCACUGAAUCAUAAUGAACCAGUUCUGUGGUAAUUUAGAUAAAAGGUUAUUUUUAAUUUAUGAAAGCCUAUAUUGGAAGUAUUUUAUUAAAAUGUAUUUUAAGAUCUGACUUGUUGGAAAAGAAUGAGUACCAUUUAAAAUGCUUCAAAUUAUUCAUUAUCAAAACAUAGACUUCAGCAGUGAACAUUUUGAAUAGUACAGGGAGAACGUUCUGGUCUCCAGUUACACUGUUUAUAUGUCAAUGUAUGUGUUACUACAGUGUCUCUUGCAGCAAGUGUUAAUUAAAGUGGACAAACCAAUUUUAUACUGAUUGCAUAGAUUUUGUACUUGUAAUAUUCAUAUGUAAUUUAAAAUUAAAUUAAUUUUAAACUUAU